AAGGAGAGGAUGCAGAAUUUGACUUGGAGGAUGAUGAGUAUGAAGAUGUUGAAAGAGCACGCAAUGUAUGAGAGAGAGGAGGGCAUGAGGCACAAGUCUUACCAUGCCACUGCCGAUGAACACCAAGUGAUACCACAACGUCUAGAACCACCACCACACAUUAGUACAAGUGAUGAAUACCUUGAUUUUGGGAGUGAUAUAGACAACGCUCCUCUCAAGCCUAAAGUGACAUCGAACCUUACAAAGUUCUUCAUGGAGCAGCACGAGAAGGAAGAAACACGAGCAAAUGACCCAACUUCUGACGAUUUUGACUACGUUGCACACAUAAAGAAGAUUGGACAAGAGGAGCCACAACAGAACCUGCCUCCAGAACCGUACCUUCUAAACUCUGGAAUGGAGAUUCCAAAUCCAUCACAUCCUCCAACGGAUGUUUUCAAUGGCUCAACAAAUAAUGCACACAGUUUCUCAUCUCACUUCAACAACAACAGUCAUCAUCUCAUGGGGAGCUAUAUGGAUUCACCAGGAAACGAUGUGAAUUCGUACAUGGACCCUAUGGAUACGAUAAGUUCAUCUUAUGAAGUACCCACAGGGCUUCACCAUGCGUCUAGCUUUUCAGAAAACUCUGGAGGAUUCCUCCACUCAGUUUAUGGUCAAUCCCCAGCAUCAUCGACUGCACCAACGCCAUCGAUGGAGAAUGGAUCGUUUUUCGACUCAUAUUUUGGCGGAUCACAACGCAACGGUACAAACUUUGCAAGUCAGUUGAGAACCGUCUCUUCAAUUACAAACUUCUCCUCUAUGGAUGCUACAAAUGGAAGGGUUCAUAGAGACGAUGUCCCUAUGAUAGAUGAAGCAGGAAUUCAAUCACAGUUGUCGGCGUCCGUUGGAAGAAAACAAUCAACUUCAUCUGCAAUCAAGAAGAAACAAGUUGCCUCCAAACUGACAAAGAGCAAACGUGCAUCUUCAACAACACAAUUAUCCACGGCGAGUGUGAGUCAGAAGAAGAAUGAGAGCAGCUCAAAUGCAAACACGAGAUGUACAAACUGUAACACCCAGACUACACCACUAUGGAGACGUAACCCUGAAGGUCAACCUUUGUGUAAUGCUUGUGGGUUAUUCCUGAAAUUACACGGUGUUGUGCGUCCGUUGUCUUUAAAGACCGAUGUCAUCAAGAAGAGACAGAGAGGCAACAUGUCAAAUACUAUGAAGAAGGAACCAAGUCCUGCAUCUCCAAACAAGACAAAUGUACCAACCACGAAGAAAAACUUACCCAAGAAGUCUACCUUGAAAAAGAAGCAGAUAUCCUCAGUAGCAUCUGCCUCAACAACUCCAGGCCAAAGAGGCAGUGACAUGGAUCUUGACCUUCAAAUGACAGAUGCAAAUACUGUGUCUGCUGUACCAACUCCGGAUCACUUUGGCUUUAAUGAUCAUGCGGAUUUUCAAUUCAUGCCAUCGAUCGAGUUCUCUCAAGAAAAUACAAAUAGCAUAAACAGUGAAGCCCAUGGCGAGAACUCACAAGCCGCUUCGGGAGAUGGUGGAGCAACCAAUAAUAAUUGGGAGUGGCUUACAAUGGCUCUAUAAUAUAUAAUGAUGAGCAAUACAUAGGUAAAUAUCUAUAGACACAUUAAUGAUUCAAGUACGCCUAGUUCUGUUAUGGCUGACG